AUGCCACCGCCGACCAUCGCCACCUCCUCCGCCUCUGUACAUCGGCGCCACCACCACAGAAUACCACCGACCACCGCCACCACCCACCGCCAAUCUCCGCCCCCCCCCACCGAACACCAUACAGCCACCAACCAACACCACCAAACAUUGGCGCCACCGCCGCUGCCGCCACCGAUCACCGGCGCCACCACCACCACCAACGACCACCGAACACCACCAUUGUCGCCACCAUCCACCACUGAACACCGGCACCGCCAUCGACCACCGGCACCACCACCAACCACCACUGCCACCCGUCACCACCACCCUCGCCACCAAACACCGCCGCCACGCCAACCACCGCCGACCACCGCCAACCACUGCCACUCAUUGCCGCUGUCACCGCCAACCACCGCCACCACGCACAACCGCCAUCAUCGCUGCUUUUAUUCCUUCUUCGUUUCUGGCCUACUAAAUAGCACAAGUUAA